CGCAGAAGCAACCUCCCUCCCAAAGAGGGGCCUCCCGUCCAUAUAAGAAGAUGAAGGAAGGCGGCGCCAAUGAGAGCCCGAAAGCAGCCACCGAGGAGUCGAAGCCGGAGCCUGACCCGGGACCCAGCAAAGAGCCGCCGGAGCCGCCGAAGAAGGAGUCGAAAGAGGCGAAGGAAGAGGCUGCUGCUGCCGCCAAGAUGGUGAAAGUCAUCGGGAGCCUGGUGGAAUUCCAAACAGAACUAGAAAACGCUGCCGGGAAACUCGUAGUAAUCGAUUUCUCUGCCACAUGGUGUGGACCAUGCAAAAUGAUCAAGCCCUUCUACCAUAGUCUCUGUGAGAAGUAUCCAGAUGUCAUGUUCUAUGAAAUUGAUGUGGAUGAUGCUCAGGAUGUUGCCGCACACUGUGACGUGAAGUGCAUGCCGACAUUCCAAUUUUACAAAAACAAGGAAAAGGUGCAUGAAUUUUCCGGAGCAAACAAAGAAAAGCUGGAAGAAACCAUUAAGAAGCUAAAAUAAUCAUUGGUUCUGGCUCAUUAAAUGCGACUGUUAAGUUAUAGCCUUUUCUACAUAAACUGACCAAGUUAGCAUAUGUAUCCAAAUACACUUUGACUCUUCAGACUGUAAAUGGAAAAAAUAAAAAAUGUAUAAACAA